AUGAAUAAAUACUUUGUCGUCGUUUUGGCCUUGGUGGGCUGUGUGGCUGCUGAUGCCGGCUACAAUUAUCCAGCACCUCAGGUGCAUCAUCAUGUAGCUGCUCCAGCUGCAGUUCAUCAUCAUGCGGCCGCCUCGGCUCCAGUUCAGCAUUUUGCUGCUGCCUCUGCUCCCGUUAAGACCUUCGCACCAGCUCCAGCUCCAGUUCAGCACUUUGCUGAAGCCUCGGCUCCCUCGCAUUCAUUUGCUGCUGCUCCAGCUGAAACUCAUCAUUUUGCUGCCUCGGCUCCCGUUCAGUCGUUUGCCGCUGCUCCAGCUCCUUCUCACUCCUUCGCCCCUGCUCCUGCUCCAGUUCAUCACUUUGCCGCAGCUUCCGCUCCGGCCCCAUCCUUUACAGCUGCCGCAUCAGCUCCAGCUCCAGUUCGCUCUUAUAUUCCACCUGUUGCUCAUCAUGCUCCUGCACCCGUUCAUCAUGCUCCUGCUCCUGUUCAUCAUGCUCCUGGACCUGUUCAUCAUGCUCCUGCACCCGUUUAUCAUGCUCCUGCACCAGUUCAUCAUGCUGCCCCCGUUCAUCAUGCCGCUCCUGCUACCCAAGUGCAUCAUCAUCAUGCUGCCGCUUCGGCACCCGUGCAAUCCUUUGCCCCUGCUCCAGUUCAACAUUCCUUUACUGCUGCUGCAUCUGCUCCGGCGCCGGUUCGUUCGUAUGUUCCACCAGCUCCAGUUCAUCAUCACAUUGCCGCCGCCUCAGCUCCUGUGCAAUCUUUCGCUGCUCCAGCUGCACCAGCUGCACCCGCUUUCAACUUCCAAAGCCCGGCCUCCGAUGACACCUACGAAGAAGCUGCCUCAGCCCCAGCUGCCUCCACAGCUCACAACGGAUACGAGUACAGGGUUGUCCGUCGUCGCGUCUACAGACGUCGCUUCUAAACGAUUUGUUGCCGACACUUGAAAGAAUUUUAU